CUGCUUCUCGGGUGGACGAUUUACAUUGUGAACCGACCCAAACCCGUUUACCUCGUUGACUUCAGUUGCUACCUCCCACCGUCUCAUCUCAAAGCCAGCGUCAAGAAGAUCAUGCACCACGUAAGAGUUGUACGUGAAUCAGACAAAUGGGGGAAGACAGACGAGAACGAUUACUUGAUGGACUUUGUGACCAAGAUUCUAGAACGUUCCGGUCUAGGCCAAGAGACCUACGUACCGGAAGGUCUUCAUUGCUUGCCGGUAGAACAAACCAUGGCCGGGUCACGUAAAGAGACAGAAGAAGUUAUAAUAGGAGCGGUCGAUAAUCUUUUCCACAACACCGGAAUUAGCCCGAGUGAUAUAGGUAUAUUGGUGGUGAACUCGAGCACUUUCAAUCCAACUCCUUCGUUAUCAAUUAUCAUAGUGAACAAAUAUAAACUUAGGAAAAAUAUAAAGAGCUUGAAUCUUGUUGGGAUGGGAUGUAGUGCUGGCGUCAUCGCCGUAGAUGUCGCUAAGAGUUUAUUGCAAGUUCAUAGGAACACUUAUGCUCUUGUUGUCAGCACGGAGAACAUCACUCAGAACUUGUACGUGGGUAACAACACAUCAAUGUUGGUUACAAACUGUUUGUUCCGGGUAGGUGGGGCUGCUGUUUUGCUUUCUAACCUUUCUAAAGACCGAAAACCCGCGAAAUACCAGCUUGUUCACACGGUGAGAGUCCAUAGCGGGGCAGAUGACCGAUCCUAUGGAUGCGCAACUCAAGAAGAAGAUGAAGAUGGUGUAGUUGGAGUCACCUUGUCAAAGGAUCUACCAACGGUAGCUGCAAGAACCCUAAAGAUCAAUAUCUCAACGUUAGGUCCACUGGUUCUUCCAACAAGCGAGAAGCUUCUCUUCUUUGUAACGUUCCUUAGAAAGAAGUUUCUCAACCCCAAGAUCAAGCAUUACAUGCCGGAUUUCAAGCUUGCGUUCGAGCAUUUCUGUAUUCAUGCGGGUGGUAGAGCGCUUAUAGAUGAGCUGGAGAAAAAUCUUCACUCUCCGUUACAUGUUGAAGCAUCAAGAAUGACACUACACAGGUUUGGUAAUACCUCAUCGAGUUCCAUUUGGUACGAGUUGGCUUACACGGAAGCUAAAGGAAGGAUGAAGAAAGGAGAUAGGACUUCGCAGAUAGCGUUGGGGUCAGGGUUUAAAUGCAAUGGUUGUGUUUGGGUGGCUCUUCGUAACGUUAAGGCUUCUGCUAAUAAUCCUUGGGAAGAAUGUCUAAACAAAUAUCCAGUUGAGAUCGAUAUAUGAUUCAAGAGUGUGGCCGAUUCUACUGAUCAUCGUUAUCAUUUGAAGUUACGAAUAUAGAGACGUAUAGGCUGGUUAUAUAUUGCGUACUUCAAAUGCCGUCUUUUAGAAGUUUUUAUCUUCUUCUUUUUAAUGUAGUGAUGUUUGCUCUCGUGAACGAAUAAGUAUAAAUAUUUCGUGUACUUUUCUACAAAUAAGUUUAUUUUUAUUACCAACCAUACAUAGAGGGUAGAAAUACUACAGUUUAUUUUUUUUUUCUUAUUUAUAAAUAUCAUUGGCUAUCAAAAGUCACGAUUUAAUGUAACUUUCCAGCGGCGCCGUAAAAUUUACCUAGACGUAUUCGAGUUGUUCUCUGUAUUCGCUGUCGAUUUAUCCUAGAGGGUUUCUCUACGUCUAUCAGUUAUGUUGUAUUGCUGUUUUGCUGUUUUGCUUCUAGUGCUAGGAUUGUCUCUUCUUCAAAGUGUAAUCUUUAAGUAUUAACGAAAGUUAUGUUUAGAAAAAGAUCAUGCAAUAUAGAAGAUGUAGUUGCAUAAUCGAAGGUGGUACAGGUUUUGCUGUAAUACCCACCAAGAAACAGAAAGGGUGAAGUUGCCAAGGAGACAACAAGAGAUUUCAGCUAAGAAAGAAGAUUAGUUAAUUAUUACAGAAAUUGAGAGUUCGAACCUGGACAUGCUAGGUGAGAUGACAUAAGACGAUAGACCAUUAAACCAAAUUAAGGGAAAAAAGAAAUAGAAAAUUUUGUUUACAAUGCUUAAGAUUGUAGAUUCAUUUAAAAAAAAAAAGAAAUAUCUUAGGAUAUUACUCCCUUCGUAUCAGUUUAACUGGUGUUUAAAGAUUUUGAUUUUGUUUCAAAAUAUGUGAUGUUCUCACAAUUCUAGGUGAAAUUUAAUGUCAUUUGAAAAUUUUGACCAAUUAUAAAAUACUGCAUUUUUUAUUGGUUGAAUUACUUUUAUAUAAUGUUAUUUUAUGUUACCAAAGACAACUACAUAAAAGUUUGUAUUUUCUUAAUAUUUGUGCAAAAACCUUAAAUACCUAUUAAAAUGAUACAUAGGGAGUAGUAAAAAAGUUUUUAUCACAAAUAUAUAAUCUAAAUAUCUAAAUGACCAAAAUGUGUAUACAAUUAUACCUAUAGAGUUAACUAAUCUAAAUCUUUGGGUUUAGAGUUAAUGGGCGGAGAUUUGAGAUUAAGUUUUAAAAUUUUAUA